AUGGACACUCCUCUGUCCUGUUCAGAAGGCUUCACUGAGCUGGGCUACUACAACGGCUCUGUGUCACAGACUGACUCUGGCUCGCCCUGCCUGAAGUGGACAGAGUUCCCAGACUACGUCCUGCAGUACCCGGGCCGGGGGCUGGGCGACCACAGCUACUGCCGUAACCCUGACCGCGAGUCCAACCCCUGGUGCUUCUUCCGCCAGAGCUCUGGAGCCAUCGGCUGGGCCUACUGCGACUGCCACCAGGGAGCUGCCAGGUUGGUAGGUGGGUCCUCCCCUCAGAGCGGGCGUCUGGAGGUAUACCUAAAUGGCCAGUGGGGGGCGGUAUGUGACACACACUGGACCGACCGCGAUGCCAGUGUGAUCUGCAAACAGCUUGGACUGGGUGAGAUCGGCACGGCCCUCCAGCACUCCUACUUCGGACCCGGCUCUGGACUCUUCCACUAUGAACGCCUUGGCUGCCGUGGCAACGAAAACACUCUGCUGGAUUGCAGGAGUCGGAAGUUUGUCACCAGCGACUGUAACCAUGGCAACGAAGCGGGGGUGGUGUGUGCUGCACCUGAAGGCAAUGGCGCCCCCUUGAGGUUGGUAGGUGGCCUGGAGGACUUCGAGGGUCGUGUGGAGGUGUACCAUGAUGGGAGGUGGGGCACGAUCUGUGAUGACCAGUGGGAUGACAUUGAUGCUGAGGUGGUCUGUCGGCAGCUGGGACUGGGCUAUGGCUCUGGGCCCAUCCUCCUGGACGGGGUGCAGUGUACAGGCAACGAGCUCUCCCUGGAGGAGUGUCCCCACAACAACUGGCAACAACACAACUGUGACCACAUGGAGGAUGCUGGCGUGUCCUGUAACCCAUAUACAGAUGGUGUAGUACGGCUAGUGGGGUCUGACAGUCCCUGGGAAGGUCGUCUGGAGGUGUACCACUCUGGGGACUGGGGUACGGUGUGUGACGACAACUGGACUGAGCACCACGCACAAGUGGUGUGUAGACAGCUGGGCUUCAGAGGGCGUGCAGAGGUGACAUCAGACGGGCUGUACGGAGAGGGCACAGGGCUGAUCCUGCUGGAUGAGGUGCAGUGUGAAGGCUCAGAGGGCACCCUGCUUGCCUGCGGGCACGCCGAGUGGGGUCGCCAUGACUGCUCCCACAGCGAGGACGUAGGGGUGCGCUGUGAGAGGGGGGGAGAGACCAAUGAGGUGCCAGGGUUGCCACGCAUCGCAGGCCCUCUGGUGCGACUGGUUGCUGGAGAGAGCCGGAAGGAGGGGCGUGUGGAGGUGUUUCUGAACGGCCAAUGGGGGAGCGUGUGUGAUGACGGCUGGAAUGACGUCAAUGCUGCAGUGGUCUGCAGGCAGCUGGGAUUUGUUGGGGUGUCGAAGGCUCGCUCCAUGGCAUAUUUUGGAGCAGGCAAGGGCCCCAUCCACCUGGACAAUGUGAGGUGCAUGGGGGCUGAGGUGUCCCUGGGGGAGUGCCCGGCCGAGGGAGAGGACGCCCAUGACUGCAAGCACAGCGAAGACGCAGGGGUCAUCUGUGACUACGUCCCCGAGCCGGUGGGAGACGGCGCCAUAAUAACGCAGACAUGCGGCAUGAGGCCAAACACACAGCGCCGCAGGAGGAGGAUAAUUGGAGGGGACAAGUCAAUCAGGGGGGACUGGCCAUGGCAGGUGUCUCUGUGGCUCAAGUCCCAGUCCAAAGGGAACCAUCCACUGUGUGGAGCCACGCUCAUCAACUCCUGCUGGGUCCUGACUGCUGCACACUGCUUCAAGAGGUUUGGAAGGGACCCAUCGCGCUACGUGCUGCGACUGGGUGACUACCACACAGAGGAGAGGGAUGACUUUGAGCGCAGCCUGUCCCCGGAGCGCAUCAUCAUUCACAGGAAGUACCACAGCCAGGGCUGGGAGUAUGACAUUGCCCUGCUUAGGCUGAAGGGCACUGAAGGCAACUGUGUGGCCUUUAACCCUCAUACCAACUCAGCCUGCCUCCCUGCGCCUGGCAGCAAGUGGGGCAAGAGGCCAGCCGCCUGUGUCAUCACAGGGUGGGAAUACUCCCGUACUCUGCUGCAGGCCUGGGUUCCCCUGCUGCCCUCCUGGAAGUGUAAGAAGCGAUACGGCGAGCGCUACACCAGCCGCAUGCUGUGUGCGGGCAGCCUGUCGGACCGUCGGCGCGUGGACAGUUGCCAGGGUGACAGCGGUGGUCCCCUGGUGUGUCAGGGAGAGGGGGGCCGCUGGGUGCUGACGGGGGUCAUCUCCUGGGGUCAUGGCUGUGGUGACCCCUCCUUCCCUGGGGUGUACACGCGGGUCAGCAGGUUCCUGCGCUGGAUUGACCAGGUCACCAACAACCCUCCAAGGAUCUGAUGCUGCCACUGUGCCAUUGGACAGCUCACGUUAUCAUAUGACUUUGGGGAGGUGGGGGGAUUAAAGGCGCAGUGACCGGUUAGAGAGGGUUACCACAUCCGGGUAUCUGCUCAUGGUCUCACUCAUAAAGUUGCACAUCCAGCAGAGCGCUUUUAAGUCACUUUUUGUUUUGCAUACACUUGGAGAAGCCUGUAUGGCAUUGUGCAUUCUUGGUUGUGUGGAAAUACCACUUUGAUGAGAGCAUUUAAUGCAUCAAUGGUUCAAUUAUGAGAGCCAGACUGCAUAGGUGAAUGACAUUGCACUAGAAUGCAUGCCAUAGUAUCACACUGCGACACCCGUGAAAAGCCAAUGAAUGGUGCCAAUGGGACUAAUUCUAGUCAGAAGCAUUAGGUGGAGUAUCAUUAAGGUACAAUAUUGUACAUUUACAGUACAUAUGGCUUCUAAAUUAAUAAUUGUUUCAUGAACAUUCCGGUUGUGCAUGCAUUUUAACUUAUGCCUAUACUAAUGUGCUCCACUCUUGAUUGAAACAAUUGGCCAAAUUGGUCAGCUUACAGAUCGCUGGUUUAGAUCAUAGGAGAGGCAUGAGUGGGCCUUUAUGAGGCUCUGUAAAUGUGGCAAUGAUGACAUGGCUUCUCACAAAGGCUUAAAUGAUGUCUGCCUGUUUGCCUGCCCACAUACAGUAUCCAUCUGUCUACCAAUUUCUCUUAAAAGCUGCACUUUCCUAUCAGCAUUAUGUGAAGCCAGAGGGGGCGGGGUGAGAGUGUGUGUGUGUGUUUACAUGUAUGUGUGCACUGUCAAUUUAUUUUUCAUACAUCAUCUCAAUUCUAUACCAUAUCUUUGAGUUUUUGUCUCAAGUUGCAGUGCAAUUCACAAAUGAUCCAUGCAAUCUUCUCAUCAUUCUUAUAGUUUGACAAACAUGAACACAUCUUACAUACUUACCAAGCCUAUACAGUGCUGACGUAACAUGGUCACAUUCCACUCUGAUUUUGAAACUCUCAUACUGAAUAGAUGUCUAAGCUUCAUGUGGUUAUUACUAAUGCAAAAUUCCAACUAUCUGGUUUUAGUACUUCAAUCCCAAUAGGAAACAAACUAACUACUCCCUAAUACCGCCUGUACACUUGCUGGAAUGUUUGUUUACAGUUUCCACUGAAUGUUCAAACCCUCUUUUGUUAUAUCGGGCUUUAAGUCACAUGACUGCAUGUUUCCGAUUGUCACUGAACAGGACAACUAUUUAUUCUGUGAUAUUUUCAUUAAAACAAUCUUCAGACUCUCGCUCCUGCCACUGUCGCUUUUUCAGUGAAGGAUUUUUAUUCAACUCCAGAAUGCUAUAGGUCUA